AUGGUUCUGUCUCUUACUAGUGCCAUAGAGCAGCUUAUCCAGGCUUCAAGAGAUGUUGAGCGUCGGAACGGCGUGAAAGAAAAAGAAAGGAAAAGAAUUAAGGCAGCCGCCACAUUACUGAGGAAUGGGUACCCACCCCAGGACUCUAUCGGAGCAGGUCGACAGUCAACUUAUCUCGACUUCCUCCGCAAGGUUCUACAGCUGAACGGCCCACCCAUGGUCGUUCUUUGUGCUAUUGGCUUGGGUCUGUCGACAAUUGCCAUCGCAAAGGAGAGUAUACGACUUGAUCUUCCAUAUGAGAUCCAAAAUCACUCUGGCCUUGACAACCCUGUGCUCCGAUGGCUUGCACGUCAGUAUAUCAGUUUUUCUCUCUACCCAGAGGCUCCCCAGGCUCCCUUACAAGCCGAUGAUGGAACGGUGAACCAAGUCUCCGAGACUCACGACGCUCUCGAGCAUCAGGAGCGGGGUCAAGGAAGCUACCAAAUCAUUCAACCGAUCUUUAGGCCACCUGCGGUAGUCACGUCGCCGGAUUUGUUGACAUUUCAACCCGGGAAGCGGCAAGACAUAGACCCUUUGACCGGAGAUGUAUACGAGCUCAACGUGCAAGAUAUUCGAGAUAUCAUAGAAUCGGGCCAGAUAUCAGGCGCAGUAUGGCUCACAGACACGUAUGGAGUGAAUACGACAUCUUUUGUUACAAUUCCAGUCAGUAACGAGCUGACGGAUCGAUUAAUCUUACACCGUCCAUUGGCAACAUGGAACCAGCCGCCAAACUAA